GAGAAAGUUUGCUCCACUUUUGCAGAAAAAAAACCUUUUCUUAAAGCACAUCCUGCUUGUGCAAAACACAGUUUAAUGUCAACAGCGCGCGCUUGUGAUCAGAAGAACAAAAACAUCUAAAACUCUACAAAGCUACAGGAAAACAAGUGUGUGGAGACAGCUUACAAGACAUGAAGAACAUACUGUCUGUACUAUUGUUCCUCACAGGGCUGUUUUAUCAUGCCUCCUGCCGUCCUCGGUAUCACUUCAUUAAUGAACCUCUUGCCUGGUUGAAGGCCCAGAGGUUCUGCAGAGAGCGCUACACUGACCUGGCCACCAUCUUUGAUGUGGAGGACAUGAACCGGCUGGUGAACUCAGCUCAGGACUCCACCGGAGGCUUUACGGGGAUGGCCUGGAUUGGGCUACACGACAACCUCACCAGCUGGAGGUGGUCAUUUUCAGACAGCAAUUACUAUGGAGACAAUUACUAUGGAGACAAUGAGGGCGACUACAGGAACUGGGAUUUUGGUCAGCCUGACAACUUUGGCGGGAACCAGAUGUGUGUGACGAUGUGGAGUGGAGGGGUGUGGGUCGACUCACAGUGCUUCCUGAGAAACCCCUUCAUCUGCUAUGAUGGGACAACCGGUACAGCUCAGCGUUUCAUUUUUGUUGAGCAGGAGAUGAACUGGACUGACGCUCAGCUUUACUGCAGAAAACGCUACACAGACCUGGCCAGUGUUAGAGACGAGAAAGAGAAUGAGGAAAUACAGCGUUUGGCCCAAAACAGGAGCGUUUGGAUUGGCUUCUAUAGGACGCGGGAAUGGUCAGAUAAAAGUAACUCCACCUACCAGUACUGGAAAAACGGACAGCCUGAUAAUGUCGCAGGGCAGCAGAACUGCACUGUGACAGAUCUGGGCAAUGCGGGCCUGUGGUUGGAUGAACGGUGCGGCAGAGAGCUCGUUUUUAUCUGCUAUGAAGACCAAGACCAAACUCUCCAGAAAUCAACUUUUUCCACCACCACCACCGACACAGUGACACGAAACAAAAUAACACCCACCAAUGAAGAAUCAUCUGGUGAUGGAACUUCAAAUGAGGAAGUUUUUUCCACCACUACCACAGUGACCCCAGACAGAAUAACCCCCACUGAGAGAAUCUCUGGUACAAAGAUAACAUCAUCUCCACAGCCUUCAGGCCCAGACAUGGAAAAAACAACAUCAAUUCCUGACCAAACUCUCCAGAAAUCAACUCUUUCCACCACCACCACAGUGACAGGAAACAAAAUAACCCCCACUGAUGAAGAAUCAUCUGGUGAAAAAACUUCAAACAAGGAAGUUUUUUCCACCACUACCACAGUGACCCGGAACAGAAUAACCACCACUGAGAGAAUCUCUGGUACAAAGAUCACAUCAUCUCCGCAGCCUUCAGGCCCAGACAUGGAAAAAACAACAUCAAUUCCUGACCAAACUCUCCAGAAAUCAACUCUUUCCACCACCACCGCAGUGACACAAAAAAAAAUGACACCCACUGAUGAAGAAUCAUCUGGUGAUGAAACUUCAAACGAGGAAGUUUUUUCCACCACUACCACAGUGACCCGGAACAGAAUAACCACCACUGAGAGAAUCUCUGGUACAAAGAUCACAUCAUCUCCGCAGCCUUCAGGCCCAGACAUGGAAAAAACAACAUCAAUUCCUGACCAAACUCUCCAGAAAUCAACUCUUUCCACCACCACCACCGCAGUGACACGAAACAAAAUAACACCCACCGAUGAAGAAUCAUCUGGUGAUGGAACUUCUAAUGAGGAAGUUUUUUCCACCACUAUCGCAGUGACCCCAAACAGAAUAACCCCCACUGAGAGAAUCUCUGGUACAAAGAUCCCAUCAUCUCCACAGCCUUCAGGCCCAGACAUGGAAAAAACAACAUCAAUUCCUGACCAAACUCUCCAGAAAUCAACUCUUUCCACCACCACCGCAGUGACACGAAAAAAAAUGACACCCACUGAUGAAGAAUCAUCUGGUGAUGAAACUUCAAACGAGGAAGUUUUUUCCACCACUACCACAGUGACCCCAAACAGAAUAACCACCACUGAGAGAAACUCCAGGACAAAAAUCACAUCAUCUGCGCAGCCUUCAGGCCCAGAAGUUGAAAAAACAACAUCAAUUCCUGACAAAACUCUCCAGAAAUCAACUCUUUCCACCACCACCACCACAGUGACAGGAAACAAAAUAACCCCCACUGAUGAAGAAUCAUCUGGUGAUGAAACUUCAAACGAAGAUGUUUUUUCCACCACUACCACAGUGAUCCGGAACAGAAUAACCACCACUGAGAAAAAGUCCAGUACAAAGAUUACAUCAUCUCCGCAGCCUUCAGGCCCAGACAUGGAAAAAACAACAUCAAUUCCUGACCAAACUCCUCAAGUGCCAUCUCCCUCCACCACCACCACCACCACCACCACAGUGACCCCAGAUAGAAUAACCCCCACUGAGACUGAAUCAACGAGUGGUCAUUUCAGUACAGAGAUUACCUCAGUUGGGCAGCCUUCAACUCAUGUAGCGGACCAAACAAGACCCCUUACCAACCAAACUCCUCAAGUACCAUCUCCUUCCACUACCACGAACACCACUACAGUGACCCCAAAUACAAGAACCACCACUGAGACUAAAUCAACCACUGGUCAUUUUGGUACAGAGAUAACCUCAGUUGGGCAGCCUUCAACCACAGAAGUGGACCAAACAAGACCCAUUACCAACCAAACUCUACCAAGACCAUCUCAUUCCACCACCAUAGAUACCUCAACAGUGACCCCAAAUAAAAGAACCACCGCUGAGAUUGAAUCAACCACUGGUCAAUUUGGUACAGAGAUAACCUCAGAUGGGCAGCCUUCAACCACAGAAGUGGACCAAACAAGACCCAUUACCAUGAUCCCAAAUGACAGAAGCACCACUGAGAUUCAACCAAGCACUGGUCAUCUCAGUACAGAGAUAACCUCAACUGGGCAGUCUUCAGCAAAAGAAGUGGACCAAACAAGAGCAGUCUCCAACCAAACUCCUCAAGUGCCAUCUCCUUCCACCACCACCACCACCACCACCACAGUGACCCCAAAUACAAGAACCACCACUGAGACUAAAUCAACCACUGGUCAUUUUGGUACAGAGAUAACCUCAGUUGGGCAGCCUUCAACCACAGAAGUGGACCAAACAAGACCCAUUACCAACCAAACUCUACCAAGACCAUCUCAUUCCACCACCAUGGAUACUACAACAGUGACCCCAAAUAAAAGAACCACCGCUGAGAUUGAAUCAACCACUGGUCAAUUUGGUACAGAGAUAACCUCAGUUGGGCAGCCUUCAACCACAGAAGUGGACCAAACAAGACCCAUUACCAUGAUCCCAAAUGACAGAAGCACCACUGAGAUUCAACCAAGCACUGGUCAUCUCAGUACAGAGAUAACCUCAACUGGGCAGUCUUCAGCAAAAGAAGUGGACCAAACAAGAGCAGUCUCCAACCAAACUCCUCAAGUGCCAUCUCCUUCCACCACCACCACCACCACCACAGUGACCCCAAAUACAAGAACCACCACUGAGACUAAAUCAACCAGUGGUCAUUUCAGUACAGAGAUAACCUCAGUUGGGCAGCCUUCAACCACAGAAGUGGACCAAACAAGACCCAUUACCAACCAAACUCUACCAAGACCAUCUCAUUCCACCACCAUGGAUACUACAACAGUGACCCCAAAUAAAAGAACCACCGCUGAGAUUGAAUCAACCACUGGUCAAUUUGGUACAGAGAUAACCUCAGUUGGGCAGCCUUCAACCACAGAAGUGGACCAAACAAGACCCAUUACCAUGAUCCCAAAUGACAGAAGCACCACUGAGAUUCAACCAAGCACUGGUCAUCUCAGUACAGAGAUAACCUCAACUGGGCAGUCUUCAGCAAAAGAAGUGGACCAAACAAGAGCAGUCUCCAUGACCCCAGAUAAAAGAACCACCACUGAGAUAAAAUCAACCACUGGUCAUGCCAGUGCAGAGACUACCUCAUUUGGGCAGCCUUCAACCUCCCAUGCAGACCAAACAAGACCCAUUACUGAUGAAACUCCCAAACAGCCAGCUUUGUCUACCACCAAAAUGACCACCAUGGAGCGAGACUCAAGCAGUACAAUGGUUUCAUCUCAGCAGUAUUCAACUGCAACGGGGGAUCAAACAAACAACAUACCUGCACAACAUGUGGUUGCCCUGAGAUUGAAAUUAACCUCUCAGACACCGCUGACUGAAGACGACAUCGAAGAGCUGGUAUUAGUGCAGUUUCGCAAUCUACUGAUAGAGAUGGGACUUCCUACGAGCAUCAAAGUGGGUGUGAAGAGCACUGAAAUAAUGAGUAACAAAGAGACUGAUACGGAUGGAUAAAUUAAGGAUCGGUGAAGAGAUGAAGAGGCUCGCUGCUGCUUUGACCACAGAAGAAUUUAUUUAUUUGAGUGUCAUUAAUUACAAGACCUAUACGUCACCAGGCCAACUGCUUGCCAUUGAUUGGCUCUGUAAUCUCGGGUGUGAGGCAGGCCCUUUCUUUCAACAAAGGCUCUCAUUGGCUGUUGUUGGAAGCUACUAUUGGCUCAAGUGAGGUGUAAAUCAAAAGGUCAGGGUUCAGCCACCAUUUUGGUAUUGAGGAGUCAGCAAAUUUAUACGAAAACUGGAGUUAUUAGGACAAUACGUUGAGAAGUAUGAACAUUUGAAAUGUUGCAACGACAGUCCAUGCGUAUCUGUGGAAGUAAUAAUUUGUUUUGACUAAAUAUUUCAGUGGAUUUAGAUCGUCUGGACCUUUCAGAAUGUAUGAGGAAUAUUUUUGUUGGAAUAUUAUCGAGUUGUGGAUUAUGAUAUGGCUUCAUAUGUGAGUUAUAACUGUCUGUUGUGUCUCUAACAGAGGCGUUUAUUGGAACUGCUGUGGUGGUUGUACCUUGAAAUGGUUCGUAUCAAUCGGACCGCAAGGAGUGUAGCUUCCUAACGAUAGGUUGUAUGAAUGGACCACUUCAACACAGCUGUUGUUUACAUCACAUCAUAAUCAUCUCAUAAACCUUACCAGGGCCAGUGGGUGGGCGGAUAUUGGAUUUAACCCAUCUUCAACUUCUGAUUUGAUGACUUGAAAGUAUUCCUGUUGGUUGUUGCUCUCCAUAAAACGCAAUGGAUUUUCAUAUCACAGGUUUUCCUGUCCUUUCAGAGGGAAUGAACCUGAAUACCUUAGUUGCUUGCAGCUUAAUCAGAUAUGCUGCAAGUGCUUAUUGGUAGUUCAGGUUAGUGAUGGCCAAAUGAGGCCUCAUGAACCACUGUCUUUAUUUUCUGAAGCCACUAGAUGGCGCUGUCUGUUCAACAAAGGUUUGAAAGCACACUUCAUUGCAGGUCCUUCAGCCUUUAUCUUUAAACCAAGACCGCCAUCUGGUGGGGUCAGAAAAUAAAGGAAGUGGUUCAUGAGGCUUCAUUUGGCCAUCACUAGUUCAGGUAGUUGGUAGUUUAUGGCUUCAUGCUUUCUUUAUCCACUGUGCUCAAUAUUGUAAAGUCCACAACAGGUGAAGUUACAGUAACAGUUAAAGUCACCCUCCACUCAUAAAUGUGUUUCAUUUAUGUUCAUGUCCCCUUAAAUGUCUGACCUUGACUAAACUUAUGUUUAUCUGUGCAAAAAUUGUCACUGGAAGUGUUUUCACAUUCCUUUACUGAGGGGGGCAAUGUCUGUGCAUGUACAGGAUCUGUAAAAAAUAUUUGUCAUUGACAUAAGUUAUCCGCUAUUAGUUGGUUUCCAGAAACAUGGGGAAUUCAUUCCUUUAAAUAUGAGCACAUAUAUCUUUUUAUGUUAAGCAUUUGAAAUUAAAAAAACAGGAUAAUUUGUAAGGAUAAUAUUAUCGCAAUGCUAAUUUUCAGUAGCGUGUUAAUGGUAAUUCCCAUUCGUGUUAGCAUUGAGCUAACAGACUAAUUUGACACAAGAAGUACUCAGAUCUUUUACUCAGGUAAAAUUAGAAGAGGAACAAAAAGUACUCAUUGUGCAGAAUGGUCCAUUUCAGAUAAAAUAAAACUACUGAUGCAUUAAUGUGUUUAUCACUUUAAUGUUGAGGCUGGUAAAUGUGGGGCUUUUUUUGUGGGUAGCAGUCAAGUCUUAUGUUUAUCCAUCAUGAUAUAUUUGUUAAUUAUAUUUUUUGCUAUUAGCCUGAAUCUACAGGUCAGAUAAAGCUCUAGCUGCCUCUCAUAAUGUGUCAGCAGAUUCUAACAGUAUAAUCAUUUCAUAUCACUCACAUCAUGUGAUCCAUAAGUGUGUGCUUUUGUUUUUUUGAUCCAAGCAUCUGUAAGAACCUUCAGAUAUUUUUACUCAACACUAAUUCAUGUAGUAAAGGUUUGCUGUUUUCCUCCUAUGGUGUUAAAGAUGGAUUUAUUUUGAUUUAAUUAGGUCAACCUUUGUGAACUCGGUUACCUUUUGUUAGUUCACCCAACAUUAAAAAAAGAAAACAUGCAUACGUAUGCAAUCAAAAGUAGAAUCCACCUCAUCCCGUUGGGGAGGUUUGGCUUGUAAUGUGAGGUCACUACUGGUAUUGCCUGACAAGAAAAUAAAAGAAGUCAUGUGCUAUAUGCAGUAGUUUUAUGUGGUAUAACCAUAAAUAUGCAGCCUGAAGAGACAAAGUUAUUCACUCAGCAGCUCUCCACUGGGAACAAGACAUCAACACCUAAAUCAGGUAAGAGCCUUUCUU